AUGAGGCGCGAAAAUGCCGCGAAGCUCAUGCUGGAGGAGGGGAAGAUCGAGGCACAGGCGGAGGCGUACGAGUCUUCAAAGCGCGCAACAGGGAAGAUGAACGCGUCGGAGAAGACGGCGCAGGGAAAGAAGGAGCUCGCAAAGGCGGAGGGCACUGCCUCUUCGGCUUUCCAGGCGCGGAGGGCGCAGGAGCAGGAGAUGCUCCGCCUCGGCGUUGUGGAGAGGAUUGCCGACAAUCCGGACGUCAGGGUGGUCAGCUCCCUGGAGAACAACCUGGGCCUCGCGCCAGACAACUCGCUGGUGACGCAGAUCGCCCAGCAGGGCAUGGAGGCCAUCCGAACCAGGCUUGCAGAGUGGACCUCUGGCUCGGCCUCCAGGCUGAACAUGAGCUCUGUCGCCAUGGGCGGUGUUCACCGCCCAGUGCCACAGCAGCAGGUGAUGAAGUAG